AUAUCACAGUAUUACCGAAUGCCACAUUAAACAUCCAACCCGGCGUCGAACUUCAAUUUGCUCCAAAUGUGGGGAUACUCGUAGAAGGCUCAUUGAACGCUAUAGGUGAGGAGGACAACAUGAUAAUGAUGACACCAGGUUCUCCAAGCUUGAUUCCAGGCGUAAGGACGGACAGGUUUUACGGAAUACGCCUUGCCGACGGUGCUAAUCAAUUCGAGGGAAGAGUGGAGAUAUUUGUCAAUGGACAAUGGGGUACCGUAUGUGACGAUGCGUGGGGGCUAUCGGACGCCAUUGUGGCUUGCAGACAACUUGGAUUUGGCCCACCGGUAGAUUAUCGGAGAUACUUUGGUCAAGGAACAGGUCCCAUAUGGUUGGACGACGUUUCAUGCAGUGGGAAUGAGGCUACGCUGCUGGCCUGUAGAUCUAGAGGCAUAGGAUCCCAUAAUUGUGGUCACUAUGAAGACGUCGGUAUCGAAUGUGGAUAUGGAUAUGGUCGGCGAAGAACAGCUUCUUUGAAUUUCGUACAAGGUGAUCAUUGGGGCAAUAUUCGUGUCCAAGCCACAGACAUGGAGGUAUCCAAAGGCGUACCAAGCUCAGUACUGCAAUACGUUACGAUUUCAGGGGCAGGUGUGUUGCAUGGGAUUGAGGUUCCUGCAAUACAGACAAUCGGCAAUGUAAUAAUGCUGCAGUACGUGAAUGUUUACAACUGUAGCUCACACGGUAUCGAACUGGUGUCACCAUCAAAAUCAACCAAUUACAACACUGUCAAGGUUAACAUGACGACAUCAAACACAGCCAUGAACUUGGUGGAAUAUAACAAAGAUGUGGUCUUGGAUAACAUUGAAGCGAUGGGAGGCAAGUAUGGUAUCCAGUUCAAGUCUCUUUGGGACUACAGUGUGGCAACACCGUACCUAGACACAACAUCGGCCACCUUUCUAGAAAUUUGUGACAAAACCUCGACGGCGUCGUUGGCCUCUAAGAUGAUAAUUUUCCACCGUAGCUCGUACCUGUACGGAUUUGCCAGGACAAUUGACUGUAGUGUGAUCAUCAAAGCUCCCAGAAACCACAGAAUCCACCUGAAAGUGGACAUAUCAGCGGUUGGAUCAGGAAAUGGAAGACUCAACCUCUACGAUGGAUCGUCUGGAAAUCAAAUCUCAUCCUACUACUAUGUACGGACAGAUGAGCACACGUCUUCCUCGGAUACUGUUCGGAUGGUGAUGACCGGAUACAUCUCCUUCACCUGCCAGGCUACAGUAGUUUCAGCUAACAGAACAGCCCGAGUAAACCACGUGGUGGCUAACAGUUUCAUUCAAGGCAACAGUGAGGCAGGACUUGUGUACACGGAACAGGGCACGGCAAGCACACGUUCCCGCAUCGUGAACACGGUCAUCAAGGACAACAGUGGUGACUCGUCCUCAAACCCUCCAGCAUCCGUUUCUAUUCGUGCAAAAGAUGCCCUGAUUGAGAUGCUAAAUAACACUGUGCAAAACAACAACGGUGGAAUAGGCGUACGCCUGGACGGACCAGAGUCAAGCAACACGGAUUUAGAAGAGACAAAAGUGCACAAGAUUAUAAACAACACCUUCAGCCAGAAUUCUGGCUCAGACGUGCUAUCUUUUGAGCUCCUAUCUGAGGAAACAGAUCACCUAAUUCUGCAGGGAAACACUGCUGAAAACAACGAAGUGUCUGCCACUGGCAGAGGCAUAGUUACCCUCACUGGAGUCCACACAGAACUCACACAGAAUACAUUCGGAGAAAACAAAGGCGAACACGUCUUUAAGUGUCAAGAUCGAGAAAAUGGAGAUGGCCAAAGAAACAUCAGCAUCAGGGAAAACGUUUUCGAAGAUACUGUCGAAGUUGAUCGAAUCUUGGACAUAUCAGGGACCAGUACGAGAGUAAUCGCUGAAGAAAAUUGGUUCCAAGAUAAUGAAGCCACGCUCAUGCGAGUCAGAGUUUCUGAUGGUCAUGUCCAAAUAUUGGAAAACAGCUUUCACGGAAACAGUGACGGGCUUCUGUUGUUUGAGCACAGCAGUACGUCGUUGGUGGACAUGAUAGGAAAUGAAUUUCGUAACAACACUCGAGCUUCAAAUCCUCUGAUCGACCUUCGCAAUGACAACAUCUACAUAGUAAUGAAAAACACACUGACAAAUAACAGUGCUCCUGUGAUGUUCAGAGUAUCCACGACCUUUCUUCAUGAUAACAGCUCAACCACUACAAACGUCUCUAUGAUUGGAAACAUUUUGAAGGACAACAUUUACGACAACAUGACCAGUGGUAACAUCGUGGGAAGUUCCUGUACGAUUCUUUUCGCGGCAGACCAAAAUGUCCCAAACUUUCACAAGAACACGCUUCAAAACGACGAGUUCCAAUGGGAGCUCUGCAUGGACACGUCAAUUGCGUCCCUCGAAAACGUUCAGGAUGCGACCGAGAAUUGGUGGGGGAGUCAAAAUGAAGACGACAUCCGACUGAGAAUCUUUGACUUUGAUGACAGAAAUGACCGCAGAAUCGUUAACUUCAGUCCGUAUCGAACCAGUGAAUACGGAAGCAUCAGUAUACAUGCGGACGUCAGCAGAGAUGCCAGUAGUAGUAUCUUACACGGGCGGAUAUACAAAUCCCUCACACUUGAGUCAUCAAAAAGUCCAUAUAUAGCCACAGGCGACGUCACCAUCCUGCCAAAUGUAACCCUCAACAUAGAACCAGGUGUUGAGAUCCGUUUCCACGAGGAUGUUGGUAUCCUUGUCUUGGGAAGUCUCUUGGCAAGGGGAACCUCAGAGAACAAGAUCAGAUUCUUGCCAUUCGAUAAAGCCGCAUCUUCUCCAGUUGUGACUACCUGGACAAGAAAUCACAGGAUCAGGCUUGUAGGUGGCAGCCAACCAUGGCAGGGGCGUUUGGAAGUGUUCUUACGUGGCCAGUGGGGAACUGUCUGCCGAUACUGGUCGAAUCAUUGGACCUGGCAAAAUAGCCAGGUAGUCUGUAGGGAAUUGGGUUAUGGUCCACCAACUGGCUUCAAUACUUGGCAGUAUGGGCAGGGCGAGGGACCGAUAUGGCUCGGUGAGGUUCAAUGCCAAGGAGAUGAGAGAAGACUACUCGAAUGCAACUCUCAAGAAAUAGGCGUAACCAGGUGCUAUCGUCACAGUUGGGAUAUUGGAAUCACCUGCCAGGCUUCUAACCCGGAAGACGAAAACGAUGAAAUGUCAUUGAAGUCGUGGGGAAACAUUAGAAUUUCAGUUAGUAAGUCUGAAGCGACAGUGGAUCAGGAAAUUACACUUGAAAAUGUAGAUAUUCUACAUGCUGGUCGGCUUCACAGAAUAGACGUUCCAAGCUUGCAAAUCAUUGGCGUUGACUCGGAUAUCAGUGAUGUGACCAUUGCAAAUUGCGUAUCGGACGCGACUGAGGUUGUGUCUGCAAGCCAUACCAAGAUAAAUCAGCUAUUUGUUCAUAAUUGUAAGACUGCUGUCUCCCUCGCUGAGAUGUCAGGUGAAACUUACAUUGGCUCCUCGACAAUGAUCUCAAACGAUGUUGGAAUCAGCAUGACAGAGGCCUUAACCUACAGGGAUGUCUACAUUCCUAAAGGUCAUGUCAGCUCCUUCGGAUUCGUCGACAUCUGUGAUCACCAAAACGUCAUCGAAGUGCAGACACGUGUGAAACUUUAUCACAACUCCUAUUACUUCACGCGUGCCUCGUGCUUCAAAGUAGUUAGAACAAAGCCAGAGUUUCUCCUUCUCGCAAAGCUUUCAAGUCAAGACGUUCCCCAAACAGUGUCGAUAUAUGACGGGGAGGUGCCAUCAAGAGAAAAGCGCAUAGUUCACUUGACGCGUUCGGCUGCCACUCAGUCUAUGAGGAGGAAAGAAGUUUUCUCCGUGUCCAACAAAAUGUUGAUCCUGGUAAACGACCCAAUAGACGUUCUUGUGGAAGUGUACGCCAUCAGGAAGUCAGAGAGCUGCAGUUUCGAGGAUCUGUCAUGUACCUGGACAAAUUCCCGAGACACGGCAUGCAGGGAGGAGGAUAUAGAACAGGAGUGGAGACUUCGGACCUUAGGAGUCGACCAUCAGUGGUUUUCUGGACCCUCAGCGGACAAAACGUAUGAGACAGCAUACUACUCCCUUGGAUGCUGGAGAGAUGAAUCAAAUCGUGCCAUUCCGUCGCUGGAAGGGUCCGACUCUCGCCUCGAUGGUUAUUACCGCUACAGAGGGAACCCCAUACAGAAGUGCCACGAUGUCGCUGUGAGCAGAGGUUUCAAAGUGUUCGCCUUACAUCAUAGCGGCGAAUGCUUAUCGGGACCAGAUGCAGAGUCAACAUACAUGAUGUACGGCAGGUCAACAAGAUGUUCGUCAAACGGUGAAGGUGGCUACCGGGCAAACCACGUCUACAAAAUUGUCAAUGGUCAGUACCUGUACGCUGGGUCUCACUACGUCGGGCAUCCGCAAUACCAGAUCCACGCGACAUUGGAGAACGCUGCCGAACCGGACUCCACCCUCUGCGGAUUGUCGUUCUACUAUUUCCUCGGGUCGGAUAGCUCCAACCACCCGGUCUCCCUCUCAGUCACCACGGGAAAUAGAUCAGACUACAACAGAUCCGACAUUUUCUCAGUCACGGCCAUCAGAUCCAGCGACUGGCAACUGGCAACCAUUGCCAUUGAUGAAUCGCAAAAUGUUUCGUCGGUGGCUAUAGUAGCAAGGUAUUGGAAGGGCCAAAGAACAAGCGUCUCGAUGGAUGAACUGAGGACAUUCUACUGCAGACAGAGCAUUCCAUCCACAGUAAUAACAGAAACUGUUGUUGAAAACAACAAGGAGGGCGGCAUUGUGUACAAAGGUGAAGAUGGAGACUUGAAUGUCGAAAACUGUAAAAUUGUUGAUAACGGCAUGGAGACUGUUGACACAGCGGAAUCCACACAUGCUGUUUCCCUGACACUGAUGAAGACUUCCCUCACCUUCAAGAAUAACUACGUCGCACACAAUCAAAAGGGAGGCGUGAAUGUCAACAUAUUAGCCGGAACCAACUGGCUCACCAAGUCACGAACUGUCAAUCAUUUACUUUUCAAUAAUUUCAUUUCCUACAACAACCAAUCGGAGGCGCUGGUCAUACGGGGCAACGACGAUGAUGACGACGACGACCUCUCCGUGCAACUGAGGGGUAACACAAUCAGUCACAACUGUCCUGAAGACACCAAGAGCGUUCUCAACAUAGAAAAUGCAGGAGGGCGAGUUUAUCGCAACACCCUCUACAACAACACCGGCCUUCAUGCAGUGAAAUGGACGAAGACUGUAAGCAACGAGACAAGUGUGUUUCACGGGAACCGUGUGCUGUACAACUCCGGGCAGUCUCCAUCGGCAAGGAUAUCAGUCGUAACCAGCUCGGGUAUCAACUAUCACAGCAACAGAUUCGUCAACCCGGCCAACAGCUUUGAGAUGGGCAGCACGGAUAGAACACAAACCUCGUCUGUAAUAAACGCCACGAUGAACUGGUGGGGUUCGGCCGACCAGGAAGUGAUCAGACGGCGUAUUCGUGACGAUGACGUUCAGCCAGGACUAACCGACAUCUUCUUCAUACCUUUCCUGACAAACCUGCCCCUCGUUACAUCUAUAGGAGGAUGCCCAAGUGACUGGUAUGCAUCCACGUUCGGUUGUUACAUGUUUGUGGUUGGAUCACUCGACUGGCAAGAAGCUCAACAAGUUUGCAUAGCCAACGGUGCCCAGGUGGCUACCUUCGCGAGCCUGGAGGAGGUCUCGGACGUUGUCACCAAUCUCAUCUUCGAGGCGGGUGAUCGGGGUGAGGUUCAAAAGAUCUGGAUCGGCAGAGGAGGUCUACCGGCAGUCGUCACAGAGGCACCCGGUCCAAAUGAAGAGUUACUAACCGUGACCAUUGAUGAUCCCCAGGAGGUAUCACCUGAUAUAGGCAGGCAGAGCAGCACAGUGGUCGUCUUGAUUUCUGACAUACCUAACAAGUCCACGGUGACGAUUGAAACUGCCGUUGCUGAAACACAAAGUAGACGCAAUCCGUUUAUUUGCAAGAAAGAGCUUGUUGUCCGCUGCCCGUUUGCGUGCUUCCACAGGGGACAGUGUGUCGGCAGGACGUGUAUUUGCAACAAAGGCUGGGAGGGUGAAGCGUGUGCUGAAUUCCACUGUAGAGAUGUCAACAACUGUGGAGCGUUCGGAACCUGUGUUGGACCAAACAACUGUAGGUGUAAGUUUGGAUGGCAGGGACGCGCAUGCUCUGUGAGCUACUGCAACCGCUUCGACACAUGCAGAGCAUGCGCGAGAGAGACCGGAUGUGGAUGGUGUGAUUCCUCUCAGCAGUGCCUGCCAGGUACCGGAAGUGGUCCAGAUACGGCUUCCUGCCCCGCUUGGUUUUACUACGGCUGUUUGAGCGCUGGGGCUACAGAGACGUGUUCGGGUCAGAUCCAGAAAAUCGACUGUGAAGGGCGGCAGUGCAAUGAAAGUCUGGCUUCAUCAAGCAUAGCAACGUGCAGCAAGUGUCUGGACUCUCAAUACUGCUACUAUCAACCGGACGCUUUAGGUUGCCACGGCUGGAACGAGACUAGAUGCCCGCACGGAGAAGUCAGCCCAGACUACGGUGACACAUCAAGGAUUAACCGUGUCCAAUGGAGAGACAACGUCCGUCCCAUCGAUCCCAACGUCACCACUCUAUUCCUUUGCCAGGUUACUCUGGCAGAAGAGUACGGUGAACAGGCGGUACUGAUCGUGGCACCCACGCCACUUGAUUUCGCUGUUGGUAAUGUUAUCAUCAGCGGUCAAGCGGGCGGGAUAAUGCAUCGAGUUCAGGACAUUGGUCUAGCAGGUGCAUACGCCUUUGUGGUUGGCAUUCCCGCGGCUCUGGAGGAAGCGGUAGCCUAUAGCGACUUCCGUCAAAACGUGGAACUGCGCUCCAUAGAAGACAGCGUAACUGUAGAGGACAUCCCUGAUGAGGACCUACUGACCAGCGCUCUGAAUGGCAGUCUGGCUGUGAACGUUACCAUCAAAAACAUACCGGAGGGAGUUGCCGUUUACAAAUGUGUUGGAAAUGUCCACAACACCAAUGAAGAGGACGAUGAGUGGAAGUCGGAGUUCCUUGUGAUGAACUCCAGUCAGUACUCAGAGCUGAGGGUUGGAGACUUCAUUGCGAGUACAGAGACUUCAGGGUGGAUGGAAACGGUUCAAGACGUCACCGAGAGUCCAACCUUGCUGUUUGUGACCACGACAUUGGCCAGGUGUGGCGAUGAUGUGCCGAGAAAACCAAGGCUGAGUACAUUCAAUACCACAGAAGAGGUGUAUUUGGGUCCGGAUACUUCGUGUAUCGGUGGAGACAACAACCCGGCACUGCUGAUCUAUGACAACACAUCUCGGGACAACUUUGAAGUGGGCAACACCAUCAUUGGGAGGCCGAGCGGACCCGUCCUAUCAAAGAUUAUUUCCCUGACUGACAGUGAAGGGUUGGUGUACGUGGAAGUCAGGGCGGUGUCUACAGUGGACGAUUUCUCCAGUGAAUCAGACGGGGAUAACACGACGACUUCUAGAAAACGGCGAGCAACUAUUGGAGAUGCGAUACGCGGGGCUACAGUGAACGUUGCAAGACGCACAAACGUUGAGAGAUCAGGCAGUGGCACCCUCAAAGUGACACCAUAUGUGACCUUGGACCAAGGCCUGGAGCUCAGUCUGGAAGUUGGACUGGACUACCCUUUUGUUCAGUCGGCGAGUGUUCGUCUCUUUGGAUCAGCGAGCAUCGGCCUGGAGAUUCGGUUUGACUUCGAGGGAAGUGCAACAGUGUCGUGGCCAAAGAACCAAAAUAAGCCCUACAGGAAAGGAGUAGCCAAGAGGAAGUUUUGCAUUCCUGUGACCCCCCUGUUCUGUCUUCCGGGAAGAAUACUGUACGAGGUUUAUGUGUCCGUUGUGGCAACGGCAUCGGUGAAAGGAUUUGUAUCCGUGGAUUUCGGCAUGUCAGGUUCAGCAGCUAUGGGCGCGACGUGGAGACAUUCUGGAGGCGUGACACUUGAACGUGACUUACAACUCCAACCACCCAGACCCACGUAUGACGGGAAACUGGAGGAGGCCACGGCGUCCAUCACAGGCACCCUGACUCCAAAGCUGAUCGUCCAGAUCCCAUCGCCCGCAUUGCCUAUCAACAUUCCGAGAUGGAUUCGAAGGUUCCUGCCGAGGAGUAUUCAACGCUUGCUCACCCCUGGGCAAAGCACGGGGAGGUCCGUGGUCUCUGUCAUCGUGGCCACUGUGGACCUGCCGGUGGUUGCAGAAGUGUCAGCCGAGGCCUGCUCCAACUCCUGCCCCGUUCCUGAGGAGCCGCUGAAGCUAGCUGCAAGGGUCGGCGUGGGAGAGGUUGGGGCGCAGCUAAACAUCGGAUUUGAAAAUUUCAACUUUGAUACGGGUCGUCUGUCUGCAAGUCUUCCUUUUAUUGCAACACCGAGCAAAUGUAUUUCUCAGGAGCCUCCAUGUUGUAUCUGUGACGACGGUAAACCAGGGAAACAGGACCCCGAAACAGACGAGUGUCUCUGCGAAUGUUUCUGCGAUCCUCCCGAUAACACCGUCAUGGGAUUAAAGCCAAAAAGUGGUGGUGAAUGUGACUGUGAACGUUGUCCGGACAACUCACUGAAAAGGAAAACCGGCGACAUCGAAUGUCCAUGCACCUGUGAUGAUGGGCAGGAAAGAGAGAUGGAGGAAGACGGAUCGUGUCCUUGUGAGUGUGAAUGUGCGGACGGUAGCACGGACACGAUCGCCGCGGAUGGAAGCUGCCCCUGCCGCUGCACCUGUAAGGACUGCAGCGAGUCUGUGUUAGGACCGGACGGCUGCAUCUGUCCUAACGAUAACUGCCCGAUAUGCCCGGAUGGAAGUGAGCCGAUCUCCGUGAACUGUGAGUGUCAGUGUGAGGAACCUGAUCCUGACUGUGGAGAACCUCCCGCAUGCGCAGUGGGACGGAAAGGUCCCGGAUGUGGCCAGCCUGACUGCGAACCUUGUCAAGGUUGUUCCGGUAACGGUGUAUGCUCGCCCGUUGGGCAGUCCUGCGCGUCGUCCUGCCGCUGUAGCCCGCAGUGGAUGGGCACGUGCUGUGACAUCAGGCGGCCUCGGAGGGCAGGAGGAGAUCCACACAUGGAAACGGUCGACGGUACCACCUAUGACUAUUACGGCAUAGGAGAGUUUUGGGACUGUAAGAGUCGAGUGAACGACUUCGGCAUCCAGGUACGGUACUUCCUCUACGAGCGAGCGUCAUUUACCGGCGCUGCGGCCAUCAAGGCGGGAGAAAACGUGGUCACAGUCACAACACCGACCUACGGGGCUGCCCAGGACCUCCCCACUGUCAGGUUAGAUGGCAUCGCUUUGUCGUUGAGUGACAGUAACCAGUACAGGUUGGGGAACGGGUCGGUACUGAUGGACAUUCAGCGGCCGGAGGUAAACCUGACGACCGGCGGUGGAGUCCUGCUGCUUUCGUUUCAGUACUCCUCUGGACUUACAGUGACUUUAGAUGUACAGUAUGCAAAGGCUGUAGGCAGACAGUUCAUCAACGUACUGUAUACUCCGACUGUGGCUUUCCUCCGCGCAACAGAGGGACUGUGUGGAUUCAUGGAUGAUAACGUGGAGAACGACUUCUGUGGUCCUGAUGGCACCAUCUACUCAGACCCUGUGCUCUUUGCAGAAUCGUGGAGGAUCUCUAAAUCCCAUGAUGCUGGAGGCCUCUAUGGCAGUUGGUCAUGGAACAUUUCAAACUUCCACGCCAGUGACGUCAUGGAUAGUUCUUACACUGACCCGACACACGUCCCCAUUUACUCCAUCGACGGUCUUCCUAAAGAGCAAAUCCUGUUGGCUACAAAGCUGUGUGAGGGUCUGGGAAUCAGUGGCAAUCUUCUGGCAGGCUGUAUUUAUGACGUGUCUGUGACCAACGACAGCACCCUACUUGAGCAAGAAUCAUUGAAGACAGGUAAGGCCGCCAUAAAAAAUUCAGAUGUUUCACCUUUUAAGAUAAAAUAUUAG